GCUGCUGAUUGUAGACUGAAUACACACACACACACACACACACAUAUAUUCAUACACAUACACAGACGGUUCUGCGCUCAAAUUUGGCUAAGAAAUUAGACACCAAAACAUCAUAUUCCUGGAAACACACCGCUAUUCGCUGGAAAAGGCCGAAGGAGACCCAAAUAAGCUGGGCUCUCUGCUACCUGGUUGCCCUGGUAACGUGUUGCCAUGCCGUUCCCUUUCGGUAAGUCUCACAAGUGUCCAGCGGACAUUGUGAAGAAUCUAAAGGACAACAUGACCAUUCUGGAGAAGCAGGACAUUUCGGACAAGAAGGCUGAGAAGGCCUCUGAAGAGGUGUCCAAAUCUCUGUUGGCGAUGAAGGAGAUCCUCUACGGCACCAAUGAGAAGGAGCCGCAGACAGAAGCUGUGGCUCAGCUCGCUCAGGAGCUCUACAACAGCGGCCUGCUCAGCACCCUCGUCGCAGAUCUGCAGCUCAUUGACUUUGAGGGCAAGAAAGACGUGGCGCAGAUCUUUAAUAAUAUUUUGAGGCGUCAGAUCGGCACACGGACACCCACUGUUGAAUACCUGUGCACUCAACAAAAUAUACUCUUCAUGCUGCUUAAAGGUUACGAGUCUCCAGACAUCGCUCUGAACUGCGGGAUCAUGCUGAGGGAAUGUAUACGGCAUGAGCCGCUGGCAAAGAUCACCCUCUGCUCUGAGCAGUUCUACGAUUUCUUCAGAUACGUGGAGAUGUCCACCUUCGACAUCGCCUCGGAUGCAUUUGCCACUUUUAAAGAUUUGCUGACGAGACACAAACUGCUCAGCGCUGAGUUUCUGGAGCAGCACUAUGAUAGAUUCUUUAGUGAAUAUGAGAAACUGCUUCACUCGGAAAACUAUGUGACUAAGAGGCAGUCGCUAAAGCUUUUGGGAGAGCUGCUUUUGGACCGGCACAACUUCACUAUAAUGACGAAGUACAUAAGCAAACCAGAGAACCUCAAGCUCAUGAUGAACCUACUGAGAGACAAGAGCCGCAACAUCCAGUUUGAGGCCUUCCAUGUAUUCAAGGUGUUUGUGGCCAAUCCGAACAAGACCCAGCCCAUCCUCGACAUCCUGCUGAAGAACCAGACCAAACUCAUAGAGUUCCUCAGCAAGUUCCAGAACGACCGAGCCGAGGACGAGCAGUUCAGCGACGAGAAGACCUAUCUAAUCAAACAGAUCCGAGACCUCAAGAGGCCAACCCCGCAGGACGCUUGAGAAGGAUGACGAAUGUAUUAAAGUGCAUAGAGGACGUCUAGACAGUGUUUUAGGCAACGUCUGGACGAUGUUUGGCUCUCUGGGACGUUGAGUGGCCGUAGCACUGGGCAUGUUUUUGUGUUUUGCAAGGAACCGUUAAAUGCCGUUUGAGCUCGGCGGGGCGAGUAAUAUUGCGACAAGGAUGAAGAAGAAUCUUUGCUUCGCUGGACAUACAACCUCUUCCCCUUACAAUGUUUUAUUCUCAUGUUUCACAAAACGAGCAUAAUGAACAGAAAGGAUGGAUGUAGAUGCUGCUGCUUUAUUGCACAUAAAGAAGGAGGGUUUUUGUACCUCAUACACAACCAUACACUCAAGUGUUGCUAAUUAGCCCAUGCAGAUUGAGUUUGCUAAUUGAAUAUUAGUGAAUACAAGGAAAUUUGACAUACAAAAAGCACUUGACACAUGCAGUAACGCAUUCAAACACACUCCUGUCAACUCAUUUGCUCACUGUCGCCCGGGUGAGUGACAUAAAAGCUAGAAAUGUGAUGCGCAAGUCAUGUUUUGCACAAUUUGAGGUUGCGUAUCCUGGGUGAGUAAAUUUGUACAUACUGUAGGCUUUUUCAUCUUCCCUUUUUUGACUUUGUAGAUUUCAUUGGAUGUGCACCGUCACCUCGCAGCCUCUUACGGUUUAUGGUUGCUGUCAGAUUCAUUUUGAAAGACAUAUGGAAAUGAGUUUGGUUUGGUGAGUUGGUUGUGGCUGUGCUGUUGAUUCUGAUUUAACUUUGCCAUUGUUCGCUCAUUAUUAGUCACUGCCUUGAGUGGGAUGCAAAGGAAAGUUAUCUUGUAAAAUCUGAACGAUUUCUGUGGUUGUGACCUUAAGAUUUAUGGCCUGCUUAGUCUAGUUUUCAGUAUAACUAACCCCGUUGCCAUAGUAUAUCUAGUACUCAUACAUUUUAGACAGUUUUGUUUUGUGUUAACUUGAUUAAUUUGGUGAGUAAAUGAGUGAAUUUCAAAAAGAGUCACAUUUCACCUCAAAAUCAAAAGGAAAAUAUGUUGAGACUUUCCUGUUACUAUAAAGCAUCUGGUCUUAA